UGUCAGUGUGCUGUUAUAUAACUGAGGUAUUUUUAAGGCCUGACUUGUGGCAUUGAUGCCCAUUGCUUUACUGUCCUGUUGGAUGUGUAUGUGUGCUAUCCCUUGUAUCUGACAUUUGAUUGGGCAUCACUGUGUUGCUAUGGCAUGAUCCUGGUAGUUGUUGUUAUUAAAACAAUAACAAUAACAAAUUCAAACAUUGCUGCAUUCUUCUGUAACUGAGGAUUCCAAACCUGCACUCAGUCUCCUCAUUACACUGGUACUGAACAGACACAACAUUGAAGCUCUUGCAAACUUUAUUCACAAACUGCAACUAUCUGACACAAAUCUGCGACUGACAGCAAGCAGAAACUUCAAACAAGUCCCUGAAGUAAGGACUGAAAGAUUUACUUUUAAACAAUAAUGAUUAAGACCUUUUUCGUAAGGUUUCUUUUACCUUGAUUGCCAGCUGUUACUGUUUUUAUCUUCAUUUCUUUCAUAUUUGUCCACCUAAACAAUGCUUUAAUGAUACAGUUUGAGAAGUUUGAUAGUAAUUUAUCAAACUGACUUGAAAAUGUAUGACAACUGUCCUGUAAUGUUACACAGAGAAACCAAAUCCUGCGUCUUUGCCGUGACAGACGCCUAAAAUGGCUCGAGCUGUGACAAAGGAGAAGCACCCAGACUCAUCCAACGAAGACCGCUGUGCUCUGGAGAGUGAAUUUCCCUCUUACAUGUUUAGACCGAUCAGCGCACCUGCAUGUGAGGUCCCAAGUCCUCCACCUGCUGAUGCCUGGUUUCAGUCAAAGGACACUGACAAGGUCAUGCAUCCAGACUUUAAAAAUGAUCGUUCAUCCCUGGAUGACGAAGUGGCCUUUUUUAUGUGUCCCAGUGAUGUUCCUCUGCCUGUGAGACCUCCACCCAUUGCAGAGUUACGUCUCUGUAGAAAACGCCGAUAUACAAGCGUUUUUUCUGUGGAUGAUGAAGAGGAACAUUUAAAGCCUAAACGCAUGAGGCUGAUGAGUUGGGAUGUUCCACUGUCUUCAAGUCCUCCACCUGCUGAUGCCUGGUUUCAGUCAAAGGACACUGACAAGGUCAUGCAUCCAGACUUUAAAAAUGAUCGUUCAUCCCUGGAUGACGAAGUGGCCUUUUUUAUGUGUCCCAGUGAUGUUCCUCUGCCUCCCAGACCUCCACCCACUGCAGAGUUACGUCUCUGUAGAAAACGCCGAUAUACAAGCGUUUUUUCUGUGGAUGAUGAAGAGGAACAUUUAAAGCCUAAACGCAUGAGGCUGAUGAGUUGGGAUGUUCCACUGUCUUCAAGUCCUCCACCUGCUGAUGCCUGGUUUCAGUCAAAGGACACUGACAAGGUCAUGCAUCCAGACUUUAAAAAUGAUUGUUCAUCCUUGGAUGACGAAGUGGCCUUUUUCAUGUGUCCCAGUGAUGUUCCUCUGCCUGUGAGACCUCCACCCGUUGCAGAGUUACGUCUCUGUAGAAAGCGCACAUAUUCAAGCGUUUUUCCUGUUAAUGAUGAAGAGGAACAUUUAAAGCCUAAACGCAUGAGGCUGAUGAUCAGUGAUGUCUCCACUGUCUCCAAGUCCUCCACCUGCUGAAAACAACU